AUGACUCGUUCAACUACUCAAAUUUGCUCUUUCAAUGAUUCGUCUGAGUGGAAAUUGGUCGUCGAACCGGCACGUCUCAAUCUGCACAUCCACUCGAUGGGCCAUAAAAUUAUCAUCGAGGUGGUGGUUUUCAAGUCCUCUAACGAGUACGGCCCCUAUCGGAUCUUCUCUUCAGUCGUAGCUUCUGGGCGACACAAAGGGAAAGACGAGUCGUUGACAGAAGUUGGAGCUGAGCAAUGGCACGAGGCUUACGGUAUUGGCUAA